AUGUUGAGAAACCAGACAACAAUUACAGAAUUUAUCCUCCUCGGAUUUGGGGAAUUCUAUGAAUUGCAGACACUUCUUUUCCUGACAUUUCUAGUCAUUUACAUGGUGACCAUAACUGGGAACACUUUGAUUGUUGUCCUUGUUGUCACUGAUCACCAUCUACAUACUCCCAUGUACUUCUUUCUUGGGAAUCUUUCCUUCUUGGAGGCUUGUUACAGCUCCAAUAUAUUUCCAAGGAUGCUUUCAGCUCUCCUGACUAGAGACAGAACAAUUUCCUUCAACAGCUGCUUCACACAGUGGUAUCUCUUUGGUUCUUUGGAAGCUACAGAAUGCUGUUUACUCUGUGUGAUGUCUUAUGACAGGUAUCUAGCAAUCUGCAAACCAUUGCAUUAUGCAACUACUAUGAAAACCAAUACUUGUAUCAAUUUAGUCGCUGCAUCUUGGCUCAAUGGCUUUAUAGGGUUUUCUAUAUUAUUCAUUCUGGUGCUACAGUUAUCAUUUUCAGGCGCCAGGGAAAUGGAUCAUUACUUUUGUGACUACUUCCCUCUUCUUAAACUCUCUUGCAGCAACACCAGCUUGGUGGAAAAUAUGGGUUUCGCUGUGGCUGCCAUAUUCACAGUUCCUCCUUUUGUUCUAACUUUAACAUCCUAUUCAUAUAUUAUUGCCGCCAUCUUAAGAAUACCCUCCGCCACUGGGAAACAAAAGGCCUUUUCCACCUGUUCCUCUCACUUGAUUGUAGUUUCAAUUUUUUAUAGUUCGCUAAUGAUUGUGUACAUGUUACCAAAGGGUGAAGCCAACAAGGAGAUGCAAAAACUUUCCUCUCUGCUGUACACAGUUUUGCCGCCUCUUGCCAACCCAUUUAUAUACAGCCUGAGAAAUAAGGAGGUCAAAGAUGCCCUGAGAAAUAAAAUUGGUAAACUUGUAUCGUGCAAAGCAAUUCUCGUGAAGUGA